CUCGACGGCGGCGCCAUGGAGCUGGGGCCAGGCGGUGCGGUCGGGCCCCGGCAGCGGGAUGGGGCGGAGCCGGUCCGCCUGCUCUUCCUGCUUCUGGGCGGGGGUGGCGGCGGAGGGGCGGGUUGGGCGUGGCCAUCGGGGGGCGGUGGGGAGGGCGGGACGGGGACGGGGACGGGGACGGGGACGGGGACGGGGACCGAGGCCGGCCCGGAGCCGGACUACGAGGCCCUCCCGCGCGGCUCGGCCGCCUCCACCCACAUGCUGGCGGGGGCUGUGGCGGGGAUCCUGGAGCACAGCCUCAUGUAUCCAGUGGAUUGCGUCAAGACAAGGAUGCAGAGCCUGCAACCAGAACCUGCUGCUCGCUACCGGAAUGCGCUGGAGGGCCUGUGGAGAAUCAUGCAAACCGAAGGGAUCUGGCGACCCAUGCGGGGGUUGAACAUUACAGCUACAGGGGCUGGCCCUGCCCAUGCCUUAUAUUUCGCCUGCUACGAAAAGUUGAAAAAGACGCUUACCGACAUUAUCCAUGCUGGGGGCAAUAGUCACUUGGCCAACGGCGCAGCAGGCUGUGUUGCAACGUUGCUUCAUGAUGCAGCCAUGAACCCUACAGAAGUGGUAAAGCAGAGGAUGCAGAUGUACAACUCUCCAUACCAACGUGUAACGGACUGUGUGCGUGCUGUUUGGUGCAAUGAAGGGGCAGGAGCUUUCUACCGAAGCUACACUACUCAGCUGACCAUGAAUAUCCCCUUCCAGGCCAUACACUUCAUGGCAUAUGAAUCCCUGCAGGAACACCUCAACCCCCAUAGACAGUACAAUCCUGGCUCUCAUAUGGUGGCUGGUGGCUGUGCAGGUGCCAUUGCUGCUGCCGCCACCACCCCUUUGGAUGUUUGCAAAACGCUGCUGAACACCCAAGAGGCUCUGGCACUGAAUACCAACAUCAGUGGGCACAUCACAGGCAUGGCUCACGCCUUCAGGACGGUGUACCGUGUGGGUGGGCUGACAGCUUAUUUUCGUGGCAUUCAGGCCCGCGUCUUUUUCCAGAUGCCCUCCACAGCCAUUGCCUGGUCUGUUUAUGAGUUUUUCAAAUAUAUCCUCACCGAGCGGAAGGAAGGACGGCAAGCUGCAAAGUGAAAUGGGACUGACUUCUCGCCUUAGGUUGGAUGGUGCCCAACUUGGACGACAAGCAGCACGUCUUUGGAAUAGUGAUGCCGCCUCUUGCCUGCUGCUGCAUUUUGCACAGCCCAUCAUCCUCCCCAGUGGGAUAGUACACGGCGAGCAGCAACCUGACCUGCCUUUGCCUAGCCCACCUCUUAACAAGCAUCUCCCUUCCCCCAAAGUUGUGUGCCCCUAAAUAGGAGGGCAACUAACAGGAGCUACUGUGAGCAGAUUGGAAUCUGGGAUUUAUGGUCUACAUAUCGAAGGAUCACAGUGACACAUUUGUGAUGGUGGUGCAGGAACUGUUAGCUGAGCCGUUGUCUUGUAGAACGCACAUAGACCCCAUGCUCUCUUGGAAGGCUUUGAUUGUUGUGGCCCUUGGCACUUCCAAUAAAGUCUGCUUUAUGGUCA